UGUUCCGGGUUCAGUGCACACCUGCAGAGGCAAGGCAGAGGGGGUAUCCCUGUACACCCUGUAUUGCUCAUUACACUGAGAGCUCAAGGAUUACCCAGAGCCCUGCAGAGUGAAUAUAUUUAUUUUCAAACGUCAUUGGCAGCAUGUUCAAAAAUGAAUAUCAGGGCGGUGCGCAUGUCGAAAUUUUCAGUGCCCAAGGAAAAGAUCCCAUAGCAAAGUGGAAGCUCUCUGGCAGCCAAUCUGCAAUAUGUAAAGGCUUUGAUAAGGAAGUCAAGAGUUUUGUCUUUGUCCUUGAAGGAAGCAGUCAGACUAACAAGAUGCAGCUGCCCAAGGAAAAUAAGCAGACACUUGGACUGAUCCAGCGGUUUCUGGUGCUUCAGGUGCAUAUCCCAUUAGGACAAGAUUUCUCUGCAGAAUUGCUGAUUACAGAUUUGAAGAAUGGUAAAAGGAGAUUAUAUCUAUCCACAGUUCACAAAGAAUUAUCAGCAACUCCAUUGCAUGCAAAAAUCCCCCUGGUUAUCAUGAAACGCAAAAUUUGGUGCAAUCUGUGCAUUGACCUUGUAACUUUGACCAGCGGGAUAUUCAAAGGUGCUGUCUUCCAGUCUUUAGACGGAAUUACAAUUUCAGCCAACUGCAAGCUAAGGAAGAUAUUUACUAUGAAACUAAGGCCCCAGGACACAACUGAUGAAACAGAUAUGCACAAUCCUUCAUUAUCAAGCAGUGAACCUACGGACGUCAUCCCUCGUAGCUGUCAAAUUACCACCAAUGUACAUCAGGUCACCCAGGUUCUUGAUCUGGUCAAAUUAGGUUACACAGAAGCAAAGCAUGAAAGCAAACAUCUGAGUGCAGCAGAAACAGCUCAACUCACGAACAGAGGACAGACAAGCUCUCGUAAUAACACAACCCGAAAAAAAACACACAUAGCAUUUGGAUCAAAAGUCCAGGGACCACCUCCAGCCACUACUAGGAAAUCGAGCUUAAGGUCAACAGCAGAGACAACAAGGUCUACAAGUAGACAAGACGCAUCAUUACAACAGCUGCUCCCAGGAAAAAGAAUUGGAUUAGGCAGUGAUACAAUAGAAGAGACGCCAUCCCCCAAAUUCACUUAUUCUUCAGAUCAAAGAGGCAGAGAAAACAUUCAGCAUAGACCUAUACAGGAGUCGUAUCCCUACGAUUUUCACCCACACCCACCAACUGUGCCCCCUUCUACUGAAAGGAGCAGGAGGUUAAGCAGUUCAGGCAAAGAUCGACUCAGAGGGGCUAUUGAUGAUUGGACAUACCAUGAAAGCUUUCACAGUGAAGAAUCCAACUUACAUGACACUGUUGACCAUGCAUUUAUUACCAAACCAUCUGAACAAUUAACAAAUAAUUCACAAAACACAGAACCUACUGAGAAAGAAAAUCACCUGGGAGAAAAGGAAGACAUGAUUACCUACUCUUCUGUUCCCCAAUCAGCCCCUCAUAGGAUGUCCAUCAGUUAUCCACUUGAUACAAGUUCACUAUAUUUGGGUGAUUUUCAAAAUAAUGGUCGUAGCUCACAAAUGGAAAAAGACUUUUAUGGGAGUGACAGCAGUGUAGAGGAAAAUAGUGUGUUCCACUGGACGUCCAGCCCCAAGAUGAAAGCUCGCAAUGCAGACUCAACUGUGGAGAACAAACCCAACAAUUCAAAAUUGUCAUCAGCCAGAGAGUCUAUAAACAUAAGUAGCAAUGACAUUUCUUCAGUCGAUGACCUUGCUUUAAGGGAAAAUUCCAUAGACUUUGAUCACAUUCAGAAGAACUUGAUGCCUAUUCGUAGUUUGUCACCCGAUGGAAGUAGACCAGAAAUCUCAAAGGGAAAACCAACAUUUUCUAAAACCGACCAACAAUAUGCAUUGAUUAAUAAACUAAAAACGUCAGUGGGUAAGAAAUCACUCAAGGAAAUCCCGAAAGAGUGUAAAGCAUUGACAGCACUGGGAUACGACUGGAUUAACUGUCAGUCAAGCCAGAUGAGCGUCUCAGAAAUGCAGAUGUUGGCCAGUCUGAAACGGCAGCAGAAUGAAGAGAUGGAAGAUGAAGGGGCAGUGCAUGGAUUAAGUCAAUCUCAAAUUGACCAUUGCAAUGUUGAUAUGAGUACUAGCAGCGAUGACACAACCACAUGGAAUUCCUGUCUACCACCGCCAGUAAAUCAAGGAUGUCAUUAUGAGAAGGAAAUGAACCCUCUCAAUCAUUCCAAUCCCCGGGACUGGUUAAAUGCUUUUAGUCCGCCUAUCAUCCCAACUUCCCAAACUCAGGAGGAGAAGAAGGACUCAUUGCUAAGGAAUAAACAAUCUAGUCUUAGUUUGUAUGAUGAAGGUGAUGAUGGCCUUGGUCCUGAGGAUGAAGAAGACACUUUAACACUCUUUUAUGACCCAUGCCUGAACUGCUAUUUUGAUCCUGAAACAGGGAAAUAUUAUGAAUUGGCUUAAUGAGUGAUGUGGAUAAUGGAUUGCAAGAAGUUAAUGGGUCAUCAAUAUUUCAUCUCAUAUUGUUAGUUAUCUAAUAAUAAAUGACAAUAAUGACUCAAAGUUA